AUGGCAUCCUUGGCAACCUUUGCUGCAGUGCAGCCCUCAAGUGUUAAGGGCCUUGCUGGAAGCUCCCUUGCUGGAACUAAGCUCCAUGUCAAACCAUCUUCCCUAAAAGUUAAGCCCACAAACUACAGGGCUGGUGCUGUGGUGGCAAAGUAUGGUGACAAGAGUGUAUACUUUGAUUUGGAGGAUUUGGGCAACACCACUGGCCAAUGGGACUUGUAUGGAUCAGAUGCACCUUCACCAUACAAUCCCCUUCAGAGCAAGUUCUUCGAGACAUUUGCUGCUCCUUUCACCAAGAGAGGUCUAUUGCUCAAGUUUUUGAUAUUGGGAGGUGGCUUCACCAUUGCUUAUGUGAGCUCCAAAGCAACAGGAGACGUUCUACCGAUUGUAAAGGGCCCACAACUUCCACCCAAGCCCGGGCCUCGUGGCAAAAUCUAA